AUGAGUGUAUCUACUAAAUACUGUAUCUGUACUAAUGCUAACCAAUCUGAUUGUAAUCAAACUUUAAACUCUACAUUUUUCCAGUACGUCAGUGGUCUGUCGUGUCAGAAAUUCCAUGUAAUUAUUUGUAAAACCCACCAUCGCCAUACCAAAAUGGUAUGUAAUGAAAUUCAUCAAAAGUUUUUUUUAUUGAAUUUUUUUAGAUUUGCCUUUCAACAAUAAAAGUUUCACAAUUGUAGAAUCUUGAUUCUUGCCAUAUCCAGCGAGUGUCGAAUAUAAUACCGCCAAAUUGUGUUGAAUACAGUCAGUACUGAGACUACACAAUUACCAAGGAAAAUAUGUUAUUUUUUGGAGAAUGUAAUAAUUCUUGAAUUUCACACUUGUUUUUGAAUCCUGUACAGGCAGGUAGGAUAACUUUAUAACUUGAUAGUCGAUCAAUAGAAAUGCAGAUACUGUUAUUCUUUUAGAUAAAAAGCAAUUGCAAACAAUAUGUCACAAACGGUAUCUUGGAGAACUUACUUUACGCUUAAUAAGGAAGUUUCCUAUUUUAAGAUCGCAAAAUUAUGUUACCCAGAAGAUUCUUAUUUGGAGAAUCGCCUUGCUGGAGCUUGUGACUGACUGACUGACACCAUUGCCACCA